UUUGCCGUCCCCAGGGCACUGCCCGGGUGUCACCGCGGCCGCGAUGACGGUGACCUACACCUCGCGGGUGGCCACCGCGCGUUUUGGGGGCUUCUCGCAGCUGCUGCUGCUCUGGCGCGGGAGCAUCUACAAGCUGCUCUACCGGGAGCUGCUCCUCUUCCUCGCCGCCUACCUGGGGCUCAGCCUGGCCUACCGGUUCCUGCUGUCGGAGGCGCAGAAGCGGCUGUUUGAGAAGCUGGUGCUUUACUGCGACAAGUCGGCCAACCUCAUCCCUGUCUCCUUUGUCCUCGGUUUCUACGUGGCGCUGGUGCUGGAGCGCUGGUGGGGGCAGUUCCGCAGCGUCCCGGCGCCGGAUGGGCUGAUGGUGGCCGUGGCGGGCAACGUCCAUGGGGCCGACGCGCGGGGCCGCAUCCUGCGCCGCACCCUGAUGCGCUACGGCAGCCUGGCUGCGCUGCUGGUGCUGCGCGCCGUCAGCACCGCCGUCUACAAGCGCUUCCCUACCACCGACCACCUCGUCGAGGCUGGGUUCCUGACGCGGGAGGAGCGGCGGCGGCUGGAGGGGCUGCGCUCGCCCUACAACAAGUUCUGGGUGCCCUGCGCCUGGUUCGGGGCGCUGGCGGGGCAGGCGCGGCGGGAGGGUCGUGUGCGUGAUGACUGCGCCCUCAAGCUCCUCAUGGAGGAGCUGAACCGCUUUCGGGGCCACUGCAGCCUCCUCUUCCACUAUGACUGGAUCAGCGUCCCACUGGUGUACACCCAGGUGGUGACCAUCGCCGUCUACACCUUCUUCGUCACCUGCCUGAUCGGGCGGCAGUUCCUGGACCCAGCCCAGGGCUACGCAGGGCACGAGUUGGACCUGGGGGUCCCCGUCUUCACCCUCCUCCAGUUCUUCUUCUACGUGGGGUGGCUCAAGGUGGCCGAGCAGCUCAUCAACCCCUUCGGCGAGGACGAUGACGACUUUGAGACCAACACGCUCAUUGACCGCAACUUCCAGGCAUCUGGCCCACAGGUGUCGAUGCUGGCGGUGGACGAGCUGUACGGGGAGGUGCCAGCACUGGAGCGGGACCGGUACUGGGACGCCGCCAGCCCCCGGGCACCCUACACGGCCGCGGCCGCCCCGCUGCGCCAGCCUGCCUUCCGCGGCUCCGCCUUCGACGUGGCGCUGGCGAAGGAGGAGAUGCAGUUCCAGCCGCUGGAGGACAUUGGGGAGACCCUCGGGGACACCCUUGAGCCCCCCCCCACGGCCACCCCCAGGCACCUUCACCCGACGCUUCUCCCUGCUCCGCCGCAAGAACAGCGCUGGCUCUGAGGGGGGGCUUGGCCCCGAGCCUCCCCCGGGGGCCCCCCCCCGCGCCUGCUGCCCCAGGGGACGGGGAUGGGGACAGCCUCGGGGGGGACACAGCCGUUCUCCUGGGGGACGCCCCGGGAGGGAGCAGCAGCUCCCACGACCGCUGGCUCCUGCACCCCAGCGCUAAUGACAUAGUUUAAGGAGGCAAACCCCAAAACACCCCCCCCCCGAACACAGCUAAGCCUAUACAAGCCCCUGUUGGGAAUAAACCCCCAGCCCUGAA